UGCAUUGACUUGAAGGGGGACAGAUAAGGUAUUAAAACAGUAUUUUGGGGGGCAUUUUAGGUAAUAAAAUAUGAUUUCACGACCAAGACGACUAUAGUUCAGUUGCACUCGAAACACCGAGUGGAAGUCGAAGUCGUCGCUUGGCAAGUGCAACCGAACCCUUCUCAUCUUCAUGCUGCUUCCGCGAAUGGCCAAAAACCUAGGAGGAUUACUGGCACUACUUCUCGCUAUUUCGAUCUGCGGAGCCGUAACGAUUCCUGGCCCUAUAUCCGAUUCUCACCGUUCUGCAGCUUUAGAACUCUUCGAUGGAUCCUUUUCAAGUUUGGAAGAUGCCUAUGAGGCCCUAAGAGUUUUUGAUAUUCUUGCAAUUGGGAAAAAGCCUAAUGUGAGCACAGCCGCUUGUCAGAAAGUAUUGGAAAAUCUUGGGUCGUCAUCCCCUCUUAAGGAUUUGUUUUAUGCCUUAAAGGUUAAUGGCAUAUUAAAAUGCAAGGUUAAUGGGGAUGUUUUCAAGGAUAUUGCUUCAAGGCUUAAAGCUACUAUCAAUGAUGCAAGUACUUUGGUUGACAUGUACUACUCAAUAGGAAGUUUACUUCUUAUAAAGGAUCAGGCUUCUGAUGUUGAUGUGCUUCUUACUGAUGCUGAUGGGACUUUCCAUUCAAUCAAGGCUCUAAGCCAAAGUGAUGGAAGAUGGCGCUACAGCUCAGAUAAUCCAGAGUCUAGUACCUAUGCUGCUGGAUUAGCACUUGAAGCACUGGCUGGAGUAAUCUCAUUAGCAUCUUCUGAAAUUGAUCAGUCUAGGGUGAGUGCAGUGAAAAAUGAUAUAUUGAAGCUUUUUGAUGGCAUUGAGAAAUAUGAUGAUGGGUCCUUCUAUUUUGAUGAGAAAUUUGUUGGUGGACAUGAGCAUCAGAAUUCUCUUUCCACUACUUCUUCUGUUGUUCGAGGGGUUACAGCAUUUGCUGCUGUUACUUCUGGAAAAAUAAAUCUUUCAGGGGAUAAAAUAUUGGGUUUAGCAAAAUUUUUCCUAGGCAUUGGAAUCCCAGGAGAUGCCAAGGAUUUCUUCAAUCAAGUUGAAUCAUUAGCUCUUCUAGAGAACAACAGGGUUUCUAUCCCAUUGAUUCUGUCACUUCCUGCAACAGUUUAUUCAUUAUCCAAAAAAGAUCAGCUCAAGGUUAGGGUGAAUACAGUACUUGGUUCAGUUGCACCACCUCUAACUGUUAAACUUGUCAAAGCUUUCCACACUGAUGCUAAAGGUUCAGCUAUUAUUGAGAGCAAGGAGCUCCAAUAUGAUAAAAAGAGUGGACUUCAUGUCUUGGAUGUUUUUCCAGAUAUGGUGGACGUGGGAACCUAUGUGUUUGUUUUUGAGACGAUGCUUCAUGAUUCUGCUGGUGAAAAAGUUUAUGCUACUGGAGGCCAAAUUCAUGUACCAAUAUAUGUCACUGGCAUUAUUAAAGUUAGCACUGCAGAAAUUGCAGUUCUUGACAGCGAUCUUGGAAGUGUUGAAACCCAGAAGAUGUUAGAUUUGGCAGGAAAGGAUGUUAUUUCACUCUCAGCUAACCACUUGCAAAAGUUGCGCUUUUCUUUUCAAUUGACAACACCUCAUGGUCAUGCUUUUAAGCCCCAUCAGGCAUUUUUCAAGUUGAGGCAUGAGACAAAAUAUGAACACAUCUUUGUGGUUGGAAAUACCGGCAAGAAGUUUGAGAUUAUUCUUGAUUUUCUUGGUCUGGUAGAGAAAUUUUAUUACCUCUCAGGCAGAUAUGACAUUGAGCUGACUGUUGGUGAUGCUGUCAUGGAAAAUUCUUUCUUAUGGACACUUGGCCGUGUUGAAUUAGAUCUUCCAGAAGCACCUGAGAAGGCAGCCCGUCUUCCUCCACUCCCUGUCGAUCCAUACUCAAGAUAUGGACCCAAGGCAGAGAUAACCCACUUAUUCAGGGCUCCUGAAAAGCGACCACCCCAGCAACUCUCUCUUACUUUCUUGAGUUUGACCCUGUUGCCAUUUGUUGGCUUUUUGGUUGGGCUGUUACGCUUGGGGGUGAACUUGAAAAAUUUUCCUUCUUCAGCAGCACCUGCUACAUAUGCCAUCCUGUUCCAUCUUGGCAUUGGUGCAGUUCUAUUGCUUUAUGUUCUUUUCUGGUUGAAGCUGGAUUUGUUCACUACACUCAAAACUGUAGGGUUUUUGGGAGUUUUUCUGAUAUUUGUGGGACACAGAAUUCUUUCCCAUCUCGCUACAACAUCAGCCAAGUUGAAGUCUGCAUGAGUAAAAGGAAAAUUGUCUAUUUAUAAAGACACAACAUGAUAAUUUGAGUUUUUCCUUGAAAAAAAUGGUACUAAUCCAAUUUUGUAGGACUUUGUUGUACUAGUUUGUAACAAAUUUAGAAUGCUCAACUAUAUCAAGGGAGAAAAGCUUUAUCUUGAUCUUGCUUUAUCCUGAUGAAAGCCAUCGUCGGAUACCGCCUGUUUUAGCAUAUUCUACCUAUCCGUGACAUUGUAUGGUAGACAUGGCUUUUUUUCAAACCAUAUGCUACCAUAGUCCGUGUCCUGCAAUGUCUGCCAACCCACUUCAGCAUCAACUAAUCAGUAUUGCGUUUUAUAGAUCAUAAAGUGUUCGUCAAGUUUUGAGGACUUUUGUUUACUGUCUCAAAGUUUCAGCGUAUUGGAAAGGCUGGACAAAUUCUGGUCCGUGGAUAAAGAUGGCUUAGACCCUUUGUGAACAUGUAGGUCGUGUAAACAUAUUAGCUGUUUCAAGCGGUGUCUUUUCUGGUUCUUUUAAGUUAGCUAUGAUAGCUGCAACCAAAAUAAAAAACCAUGAUAGCUUGGAUCGAGAAUGAAGAGCUGUUAUAGUCCCUGCAGUGUAGGUCGAGUGAUAGUUGGACAUGCAGUCAAGCGGGGUGGGGUUCGUACUGUGUUUCCUGGUCUAAAGGGUUCGAACUCUAUCAACCCAAAUUCCCUGUCCAAUGACCCCACUUCCAGGCCGAAAAGAGAGAGAGCAAAAAUGAAUAAUAUUUGAAUUUAAGAAUUAAGUACUGCAAAACUUGUUAAAUAAAACCAUGGUUGGCAUACAAAUCUUUUCGUAGACUAGAUUAUGCGAUUUUAAUUAGUUUUAUGUAUUUAAAUGUGAUUGCCAAGACAAAAGUGCUAUUAGACAAAAAUUAUUAGACUAAAUUAUGCAAAAAUGAAUUUUGUAUAUGUAUAAAUAAACUGAAUUUGGAGAGAAGCCCGGUUAGAAAACUCUUCCCAAGGUUCCAAACAAUUGAAGUUAAGUUGUUCAUAUCACGAGAAUGUACACAUGGGAGCUACAUCAAAAUCCGUGAUUUUGAUUAGAUAAUAGAAGUGUGUAGCUAAACUGUUACUAAGGUGAAUAUAAAAUUUGAUCAG